AUGAUUAUUAUGGCAAAAUACAGUGCUAUUUUAGAACCUGUGACAAAUAUGUUACAAGGCGUCUCAGUAGAUCUAUAUAAAGUCAGCGAGCAUAUUAAUUCAUUACUAAUAUUGUUCGAUAAUCAUCGAAAUGACGCUGAUAACAUUUUCCAAACAUUAUUUAACGAAGCAAAAUCAAUGGCCAUUGACUUAGAUAUUGUCAUUACACAUCCAAGAACGGUAAAGAAACAGUCACUAAGAGCGAACUAUGAAACUGAGAGUUGUGAAGAUUAUUACCGAGUUUCAAUUUUUAUACCAUAUAUUGAUUCAAUUUUACAAUCUAUAAAAGAACGUUUUGAUAAACAAAAUGAUAAUGCAUUUUUACUACAAUAUCUUCACCCCAAAUUUUUUAAAAAAAUUGGAGAAAAAAUGUAUUUUGAAAGCAUUGAAAAAAUUGCUGAUUUCUAUAAAAUUGAUAAUCUCCAAGCUGAAGCGGAAAGCGUGUUAAAACUUGGUUACGAUCAACGAUGGCCGAUGGGUGAUGAUAGACUGAAUGGAAUAUGCAUGUUGAGUGUUCAUAGAGAAAAAGUAAAUUCAAAUAAAGAAAAAUUUAUUGAAAAUGCACUGACACAAUUUGGUAGAGAAUCUCUACGGAGAUUGAAAUUUAUAUUUAAUGAAAAAGAAUGA